AUGAUGAAACGGACAGGAGUCCCGCGGCUCGGGCCUGAUGAGCCCGCGCCCCUGCCUCCCCAGAAUCAAGCUCAGAUUCAACAAGCUGGUGCAAGCAAUAUGCACACUUUGGCCCAGUCGGCCCAACCUCAAAUCUUGGACAUCCGUUCCCCAGCGGGGCCAGCCACUCUUCUCUCGGUCGGUAGCAGUGGAAGCUUCGCCCGCACUGGCGCUCGGCCCUCGGGAGGUGGUCCCGUCAUCAACUACCUGAAGACCAGCGCCGUGCAGUAUGCCGCGAAGCAGCCGCCGCCGCCUCAACAAGUACCCCAGAGGCUCAAGCAGGCCUUACCACCCCAGCAGUCGAAUUUAGGAGCAUUGCCGGCAGCUUUAGGUCGCCAGUCACCGGCCCCAGCGCCCCUGGCGACCCCGCCGGGCGUGGCGGUGGGACCGGGCGCCCAGCAACAAGCUGCUGGCCAAUUCCAACGCCUGAAGGUGGAAGAUGCUCUGUCCUACCUUGAUCAAGUCAAAUACAAAUUCAAUACGCAGCCACAAGUUUAUAACGACUUUCUGGAUAUCAUGAAGGAGUUUAAGAGUCAAACUAUCGACACCCCGGGAGUCAUCACCCGAGUAUCAAACCUGUUUAAAGGGCAUCCCGAAUUGAUUGUGGGAUUCAACACUUUUUUGCCGCCUGGAUAUAAAAUCGAAGUUCAGAGCAAUGGCCAGGUGUCUGUAUCAAUGCCGUCUCCCACGGGGUUCGGUGGUAGCAGCGGCAGUGGCGGCAGUAGCAACGUCUUGUUGGGGGUUCAACACCCGCCGCCACCGCCCCAACCACAACUAGUUCAUCUCCUCCCAGUAGCUCAGGAGGCUGAAAAAGAAGCGGUGCGGCGCGCCGGGGGCCCGUACUCUAACAUGGAAAUGUCUGUGAACAACGCGAUCGUUCACAAUCUAUCUGUGAACGCGGCGCCUACUAACACGCUGCAUCAGAUCUCGCAGGCCCAUCAACAACUAGAGGCAGCCGCUAUUCACCAUGCUGCUGGGCCCGGGUCGGCCCAGCCAGCAAACUCGGCGCACCCCGCCCCCGCACCGCCUAGCCAACCAGUGGAAUUCAACCAUGCUAUUGAAUAUGUUAACAAAAUUAAGUCCCGGUUCUCUAGACAACCGGACAAGUACAAGAGGUUUUUGGAAAUUCUGCACGCGUAUCAACGCGGACACCGGGAGACGAAGGAGCCUCAAGCGAAGCAGCAAACGGAACAGGAAGUGUAUGCCCAGGUGGCGAAGUUGUUCGAAAACCAAGAUGAUUUGCUGGCGGAAUUCGGUCAGUUUCUUCCUGAUGCUAAGGCAGUAACCAAACCUGCACCAGAGAGUCGCGAGCGACACUACCCACAUGUACGCUCGCCGCCCGUGCCAGCACAUCAUCAGUCCCGCGCGGAGCCGGAGCCGGAGCGCUACGCGGGCGCGAGCAGCCCGCCGCCGCACGCGACGCACGCGCCACACUCGGCACACCCGCACCACGUCACACACCACCACCACGUUCCGCAACUGUCUAAGCACCCAGGUUCCACAUCGAGCUCGGUGUCAGCUCCAACACAACCACACCAUCAUCUCAAACGAUCUCCUAGCUUUACAUCGUCCAGUCAGAUGGCAGUCGGCGCGCCCCCGGCAAAGAAGUCUCGUGUAUCAGGUCUGACGGGGGCUACGGUCCGCGACGUGUCGUACGCAGAAGCCUCGAAGCUGGCUACGGUGCACGAGUUCAAUUUUUUCGACAGGGCUCGCAAGGCUUUGAGGUCGCAACAUGUCUAUGAUAACUUUUUGAGAUGUCUAUUACUAUUUACCAACGAGAUAAUAUCGUCGUCGGAGCUGCUGUCUGUGACAGCCCCGUUCCUAUGCCGCCACCCUGAGCUCCAGAAGUGGUUGCAGGAUUUCCUCGGACCACCAUCACCUCCACAUACUCCUACCAAUACUUUGCAUAGCGGCGCCAGCUACAACAGCGCGCCAUUCGGCGGAGCGAGCAACGUAGUGUUCGAGCGCGAGCGGCCCGCCGCCGCCGACGCCAAGCUGCGCUACGAGCCCAUCGGACCGCUCGGCGCCCAGCUGCGGCACGACCGCCCGCAGGGGGACGCCGCCAUGGACAUCGAUUUAUCGACGUGCAAGCGCCUGGGCACGUCGUACUGCGCGCUGCCCCGCGAGGCGGCGGCGCGGCGCUGCUCGGGCCGGACGGCGCUGUGCCGCGAGGUGCUCAACGACACCUGGGUCUCCUUCCCCACCUGGAGCGAGGACUCCACCUUUGUUACCAGCCGAAAGACUCAAUACGAGGAAUAUAUCUAUCGCUGCGAGGAUGAGAGGUUUGAGCUGGACGUCGUAAUAGAAACCAACGCGUCAACGAUCCGUGUACUGGAAGGAGUACAGAAGAAGCUCGCGCGCAUGACGCAGGACGACGCCAACAAGUACCGACUGGACGACUGUCUCGGCGGACACUCGCCCACCAUACACCAGAGGGCGCUGCGCCGGAUUUACGGUGAUAAGGCUGUGGACAUUAUAGCCGGUUUGAAGAAGAACCCCACAGUCGCCGUGCCAGUCGUACUACGCCGGCUGAAGGCCAAAGAAGAUGAAUGGCGGGAGGCGCAGAAGGGCUUCAACAAGCAAUGGCGCGAACAAAAUGAGAAAUACUACUUAAAAUCACUUGACCAUCAAGGAAUUAAUUUCAAGCAGAAUGAUCUGAAAGCAAUGCGGUCGAAAUCUCUGUUUAACGAAGUCGAGUCUGCGUUCGCGGCGCGGAGGCCUGGCCCUCAUGUUGUGCUUGAUUACAACAUGCAAAGUCGGCAGGAAGCAAUAAAAAUCCUUCGCGAUACAGCGGAGCUGCUAAUCCACCACGCUCGACGUCAGACCGCCAUUCAAAAGACAGAGAAGCGUCGCAUCAAACAACUGCUCAGACACUUUCUGCCUGACCUCUUCGCUCAUCCACGACAACCCUUGUCUGAUGAUGAGAGGGAUGAAGAAGAGAAAGACGAGGCUGGUAGUCCGGGAAGUCCAACCGCGGAGAAUCCGGAAGACAAGAAUACUGAUGAUGUUAAACAGGAGAAACAAGAGUCAUCAGAAUCUGACAACGCUUCAGACAAGAGCGGUAAAAACAAUAAGAAUAAAGAAAACAAACCCAAGAACAAUAAUAAUACGGAUAGCAAAGAAAGCUCAAUUGGAUCAGCAAAUAGCGUGAAGCGCACUAGUAGUAAUGAGGAAAUGUCAAUGAAGACUGAUAUUAAGUCGGAGCCGCAAGAUGUCGAGGAAGACUAUAGAGAUCAUCCGCCUAAUGAGGCUCGGUUUGUGUGCACGUCGUCCUGGUACCUAUUCCUGCGCGUGCACGGCGCGCUGUGCCAGCGCCUGGGCGCGGCCCGGCGCGCCGCCGCCGCCCUGCAGCGCGCGCGCAACGCCGAGCGGCCCGCGCGCCCGCCCGUCGCGCACGCGCUGCGCUGCGGCCCUCCAACCUGCCCGCCGCCGCCGCCGAGCCCGCGCACUACUACGCCGUGCUGCUGGACCUCGUGCGCGCCGUGCUCGACGGCAACAUGGACGCGCCCGCCUACGAGGACGCCGCGCGGGAGAUGCUCGGCAUCAAGGCCUACCCCGCCUACACGCUCGACAAGCUCGUCAGCAUCGCAGUACGACAGUUGCAGCACUGCGUGGCCGACCCCUGGUCCGUGCGCGCCGCCGACCUCGCGCGCGCCGGCAUGCGCGGCCCGCACAGCUACGUGCGCCGCGCCGCCCGCCUGCUGCGCCACGACCACUCCGCCUUCCUCGUCAAGGUCUACGGCGGCGACUCCUGCCGCGUCACCUUCGAACUACUCGCGGCGCGCGCCCCGCCCGACGAGCCGGCCUGGCGCUACAGACCGUCGGGCGCCCCGCCGCCGCCCAAACCAGUAUUCCUGCGGCGCAACGCGCGCGCGCGGGCGCCGGGCUACACGCACAACGCGCACUCGCAGGCCGCGCCGGCGCAGCCCGCGGUGCACGCGCGGCGCAAGCCCCCGGAGUGCGGCGCGCCGCGCCUGCUGGCCUUCCGUCCGCUGCAGCUGUACCGGCGCGGCUGCCUGGCCGCGGCGCGCGCGUCGCAGCCCCGCCAGGCCGCGCGGCGCCGCGACACGUUCCGCGCCUGGCUGCGCGACCGCGCGGCGCCCUAGCGCUCCGCCCCCCUCGCCGCCGACACGUUUUAGUGCCGCGACCACGGACUCUGCUAUAGUGCGCCUAGUACGCCUGUCUUACUGUAAAUAUUCGACAGUCAGUGAUAGUGUUACGACCUUGUUAACAGAUCACAUAUUAUUAUAUUCAUAA